CUCUCCGCCGCGGCGCUCACGCUGGCGGCCCGGCCCGCGCCCGGCCCCGGCCUCGGCCCCGGACCCGAGUGUUUCACAGCCAAUGGUGCAGAUUACAGGGGAACUCAGAACUGGACAGCACUGCAAGGCGGGAAGCCAUGUUUAUUCUGGAAUGAGACUUUCCAGCAUCCAUACAACACUCUGAAAUACCCCAAUGGGGAGGGUGGCCUGGGCGAACAUAACUAUUGCAGAAACCCAGAUGGAGAUGUGAGCCCCUGGUGCUAUGUGGCAGAGCAUGAGGAUGGGGUGUACUGGAAGUACUGCGAGAUUCCUGCCUGUCAAAUGCCUGGAAACCUUGGCUGUUACAAAGAUCAUGGAAACCCACCUCCUCUAACUGGCACCAGUAAAACAUCCAACAAACUUACCAUACAGACCUGCAUCAGUUUCUGUCGGAGUCAGAGGUUCAAGUUUGCUGGGAUGGAGUCAGGCUAUGCAUGCUUCUGUGGGAACAACCCUGAUUAUUGGAAGUAUGGAGAGGCAGCCAGCACCGAGUGCAACAGCGUCUGCUUUGGGGAUCACACCCAGCCCUGUGGAGGUGAUGGCAGGAUCAUCCUCUUUGAUACUCUUGUUGGUGCCUGUGGUGGGAACUACUCAGCGAUGACAUCCGUGGUCUAUUCCCCAGACUUUCCUGACACCUAUGCCACUGGGCGGGUCUGCUACUGGACGAUUCGGGUCCCAGGAGCCUCUCACAUCCACUUCAACUUCACAUUGUUUGACAUCAGGGAUUCUGCAGACAUGGUGGAGCUGCUGGAUGGAUACACCCAUCGAGUCCUGGUCCGAUUCAAUGGGAGAAACCGCCCACCUCUGUCCUUUAAUGUCUCUCUGGAUUUUGUUAUUUUGUAUUUCUUCUCUGAUCGUAUCAAUCAGGCCCAGGGAUUUGCUGUCUUAUACCAAGCCAUCAAGGAAGAACUGCUGCAGGAGAGGCCCACUGUCAACCAGACCCUGGCUGAGGUGAUCACAGAGCAGGCCAAUCUCAGUGUCAGUGCUGCCCGCUCCUCUAAAGUCCUCUAUGUCAUCACCACCAGCCCCAGCCAUCCACCGCAGACUGUCCCAGGUAGCAAUUCCUGGGCACCAGCAGUAGGGGCUGGCAACCACAGAGUGGAAGGGUGGACAGUGUAUGGCUUAGCGACUCUCCUUAUCCUCACAGUCACAGCCAUUGUGGCAAAGAUACUUCUGCAUGUCACAUUCAAAUCCCAUCGUGUUCCUGCUUCAGGAGACCUUAGGGAUUGCCAUCAACCAGGGACUUCAGGAGAAAUCUGGAGCAUUUUUUAUAAGCCUUCUACAUCAAUUUCCAUCUUCAAGAAGAAGCUCAAGGGUCAAAGUCAACAAGAUGACCGUAAUCCCCUUGUGAGUGACUAAAACCCCAUCAUGCCUACAACAUGGGUCCCUCUUUGAGCUCAAGGCUGCCAGGGUCAGCCUUGCCAUGGUUCUCCUCUACAAAGACCAGCUCUUCCCUGCCUCCCUGUCCUGGGACUGAGAAGGAACGCCAUGCUGUAGGGGCAGUGGAGCCCGGAUUUCUCCUGCUUCAUCAGCUGCACUUGGGAAAGAGACUCAAGGCCUACUACCUAGCCCUCCCAACAUCUUUCUGGUCUAGCAAUGGGAGUGUCAGUGGGACAGAUGGUGGCAGCUAGCAUGGGGCUCAGGUACAUUCUAGAUGGCUGCUGGGUGGUGGGUAGGUUUAAUGCAUAUUGAGCUUUUCUUCUGUUUUGUCCACACAUAGAUCAGUUUGCACUGGUCUUUACAGUUUGAACGGCCAGGCUGGAAGAAUUCUCUGGUCUCUUGAUGGCUGGCCUGGUUCCACACAAGUACUCCUCUGAGUAUUAGUAGCCCUAAACUGUAAAGAGGGCUGGUGCUCUGUACUAACUCUGGAGCUUUACUGUGAGUGCUGGACUAAGAUGUGCCUAUUCCAGAAGGCCUGAGAGGAAGGGCUGGUCACCUCCCAUUCAUAUCAAACCUGAUGCCUUCCACACACAUGCUUUUUUCUAGAGGCUUCUUUCUGUAGUUCUGUGAGCUACAGAACAAACUUGAGGGGUAGGCAUAUAAAACAUCUACUCAUUGAUCCCUGCUACAGACUACUGGAAGUGUCUAUAAGCACUCAGUAACUCCUUUUGAAUUGGACUUUUUUUUGGUGGGGCGGCUGCACUGGGGAUUGAACCCAGGACCUUGCACAUGCUAGGCAAGUGCUCCACAGCUGAGCUGCGUCUCUAGCCCUUUUCAUCUUACUUUGAGACAGGAUUUCACUAAGUUGCCAGUGUUUGACUUCAACUUGUGGUGCUCCUGCCUCAGCACCCCCAAAUAGCUAGCAUUUUAGGAGUGUGCUACUGCACCCAGCUGUGAGAUUUAUUUGGGCUGACCCCUGAGCUGAUCAUGGCCCUGUGGAACCUGAACCAGGCCUUGGGAUCUCUGUUCUCUCAGCUGACCGGCUGUCAGUUCAGAGCAGGGAGUGUAAAGACUGGUAUAGCCUUAGGCAGCAUUGUGUGAGAUAUGGGGCUUACAGACCCUACUUUAGAAGAAGAUACAAACACUCUGGAGACUGUAGUUUGCCCUUUCUUACAGGACCCCAGUGGGAUUAUGAGUGGUGCUGUGGGGAGGGAGAGGGCUUCUAUCCCUGGCCCCAUGCCACGUCCCUUGCACAGAGAGGUGACCUAUAGAGAUCAGGGUGAGAAGGGAGGGUUUGGAGCUGGAGAUCCUCCAAGGACAGGCCUGAAGAUUGAGAGCUCCAGCUGCAGUGGCUGCUGGUUGUGAGAAUCAGUGCCAUAUAAUUUAGAGUUCCCACCAUCCGGAAGCAGGCUUUGUCAACAGCAUCUGAGAAGAGCAGUCCAUGACCCUGUGAGAGCAUGGCUGUCCUGCGGGGCACUCAAGCCUUGGUGCUUGUGUGUGUCUGCCCUCUUGGGUGCCCUCCUUGGCUCUGAGCCUGCCUACCUCAGAUUCCUAAGCCACUGCCUGCUUUCACCCUUCCUGGGAUUCUAGGAACCCAUCUGCACCUAGCUGCUCCCAGGAAGACAGAAAGUUGUAUGGGGCCAGCUGGGUGAUGUCUGCUGCCAGAGGUGACAUUUGGCAACUUAAGUCCAGAAGAGACAUUCAGAACCAGUAAGCAAAGGAGCAUUUAGAGAAGAGAAAAGGGACACUGUGUCCACAGGUUGGCAGAGCACUGGUCCAGGCCCUAUGCAAGGCUGCUGAGGAGCUGCUGGGGGUUGUCUUCCUCCUUUGAUCUAGAAAGGGUGGUCACCCUGAAGCAGCUGUCCACAGGUUCCUAAGUCCAGUGACAGAAGCCUGUAACACACUAGGACCACUGAAAAUAGAUGAAUGCGUGCAGUUCCCCUCCAGGCUAUUCUGGGCUUUUCUGGAAUCUCCUGUCAAAUGUUGGUGUCAGGUGUGGGCAGUCACAAAGGGCCUGUGCUGUGAAUAGCUCCAUGUAUAUCUCAAAGGCAGUGUGGAAUUUGUCCCCAGAAAGGGCUGGCCUGGCCAGGGGGAUUUGCUGAGCUAUCCUGGGCUGAUGCUAAGGCCACUCACCUACCCUCCUUACAUCUCAGGGCACAGGAGGCCAUGCCCCAGCCCAGGUGUUACCUGAACUGAAGCUGGGGCAGUCCUUUCUCAGAGACCCCAGGAAGUGCAGGUGAUGCGCCUGCACUCUUGCUUGGUCUGGGCACAGCCCAGUGCCUCCAAGGACCAACUUCCUCUCCAGGGAGCAGCCCCAGGAAACCCAAACCCACCUCAGGACACAUGCUGGGGGGAGGAGGACUGAAAGUUGACCCAAACGAAACACCAUAAAUACCUGGCCAUGGCCUCAGAGCCUGUCAGCAGCAUUCCUAUGGUGAGUAAAUAAAAUUUACUUUACACCCGAGAAAUAAAAUUCUCUCAGCUGAGGUGAGCCUCAGCUCCCAGAACAUGGCAGGAACAGGCACUUGAUCUGUUAAGAAACUUUUAGAAGAGAGGAGGGGUUAAGUGGGGUUGGAAAGGGGUGACCUUGAGGAAAGUAAAUGACAGUGCAGCAGAAGACCUUGAAAGAGGCAGCGGAGGUCUCAGAGCUUUUCUCCAGGGGCCAAAGCAUGGCCUUCUGCCUUGUAGCACCCAGCCUGCCUUCUCAAGGGUGCACCCAGCCAUCUGUUGCUCCUGUGGUAACUAUACCUCAGCCAGCUGGGGCCUGGCUGCCUGGUGUCUAUAGCAGCAUCUCACCGCCUUGGUGCCUCUGAGAAGGCUGGUGGGGGGCCGUGGGUGCCCUGUGCCCUUCCUGCUUGUCCAGUCCACUGCAAGGCAGAGGCUGAGCAGGAAUGAACCCUGCACCUUUCUCCACAUCAGUCAGCACUGGGUUGAGGGCUUUGGCUCAUGACUGCAGUCAGCCAGCAGCCCACAAAGAUCAAAGCACUCACAAGUACAGCUGUCCUGGCCCUCAGGUUGAACCCGAGGCGUGCCUGGGCCUGAUGCCCCACCACGCCCGAGUCAGCCCAGCCAGGAGCCUGCCUGACCCCACUUGGGAUCUGAAUCUGGCUGCUGUUCUGACCAGUAGGGCACACACAGUCACUGCCCAGCUCCCGUGGGCACCACACACUUAAUCUUCACAAGCACUUAGAGACAGAUGGCGCUCAAGACCCAGCCUCCCAGAGCCUGGCCAGACCCCCACUCCACAACUCUGUCAUCCUGGACCCCCUUGGGUUUCAGAUCUUCUGUGUGGUGUUUGAUGUUGGAUUUUGUUACUACCUUCAGAAUUUUUAACACUUUGACUGUUUCCUCUGGUGUCUUUGUUUACUUUCCUUGCUGUUCUACCUCCUGGCCAGGCCUCUCAGUUUAGCUGCCCUGGUGUGGGGUAUUUCUCAAAUCUUCCAGCCUCUGCUGGCUUCCCUGAGGCUGGAUAUCUCUGAGACAGACAGACCCCUGGGGGGCAUGGCACAGGCUCCUGUCCUGUGGAGCGGCUGAGCCCGCUCACUGAGGCAGAUAGGGAACAGGUGGAGGAGGGCAGUCAGAGGGGACUCUGCUUCAGAAGGGAAGUGUCCUUGGAGGUCCCUUUCCUGCCUGUGCAGGGAGCUGCCAUCCCUGGGGUUCACAUGGCGCCAGGACCUUCCCACAUCCAAAGUCAUUUCCUAGCUGGGAUUUUGACUUUAGAUGACAAGGCUUUAUUUGUAAAUAUGCUCUUAAUAUGCAACUUUGAGAAUAAAAUAGAAACAUCAUGUAUUUUAAAAUAUAAAAUGAAGUGUGAUGCACUGUAUACAAUUUAAUAUAUA